AUGGAAAAGUCUGGAGGAAGAAGCAGCAGCAGACCUGCAGCAAAGAUCCUGUAUAUCUCUGUUGGAAGCAUUUUGAAGUACAAGACACAAAUGAGGCUCUUAAGAAGAUUGACGACUACUUUAUCUUCAGUGCAGCAGUUUUAA